UACUCCGAGAGCGAUUAAUGGUGUCACAAGACUUCACUAGCCAAUCACAAAAUUUAUAAGAAAAUGUUCGACCAAUGAACUUGAGUUUAAUAACCCCGAGUCGAUUACUCCAUAUUCAAUCGAACACGCUAUUCUACGUUGUGUCGAAUUAUCCACAUUAUUUUUUUCUAUCACAAUGGGAAAAAGAUCUCUUUGGGAAAAAGAGCAAAAAAUAAAAAAAUUAGAGGAGAAUAUAAAAAAAAUGAAGCGAGAAAUGGAGAAAGAGAAGAAGAGGCGAGAUUCUGUUGCAUCUUGUCGUCCUCCUUCAUUAGAUCGUUCUUCAGAUUUAUCGCUGUCCGCCUUAGACGCCUCAACAGACGCCUCAACAGACGCGAAUUGCCACUCCCUUUAUUCUGCAAAUGUUAUUGUAUAUGCUGAAGCAUCUGGAAGUAGUGUUAAAUCUGAGAUGUCACCGUCCUUGCCAGAAAAAGCUACCUCCGUUGAUCGAGAAAUGUCUGCGCUACCGAUAAUAGUCUGCGCUAAUAGUGGCACCAAAAAAGCGGCUUCACUGACUGAUCAGACAAAUAUGCUCGCAUCAACGUCUUCUGCUCCUGAAGAAGGGGACUUGGAUGAAAAUGAUCUUCGAUAUUUUAGCCAACGCAUUCCCCUAAAACGUACUCUUGCACAGCCAAUUCAUAAAGAUGUCGUUACGUACAUUGAUAGGAUACUCAAAGAGGGCCUUUUGGCAGAGGAAAAACAACAAUUAAUCCAGAAAUUUCAUCCGCCAAAAAAUUGUUUGAUUAUAGACCCACCCAAGCUUAACUUAGAAGUCAAAGAUGAUCUCCAAGAAGAAGUUACAGAAAAAGAUUCUUCUAUAGCGAGAAAACAGACCUGUAUUACGGCUGUAAUUGCAGGUCUGGUCAGUCUUCUGUCAACUAUAUUGAAGUUAAAUGUGAAUGAAAAGUCAUCCAUGAUUGAAACGUUGAGAGGAGUCAUUGGACUUAUUUCCGACUUACAACGUGACGAAUCCUCCAUUCGCAGAGAUCUUAUUAUGAAAAAUAUUAAUACGUCUUGGCGCGACACUUUUGCCUCAACGGUUCCUGAUGAGUGGCUUUUUGGACAAGAUCUGAAAGAAAAACUAAAAGCGGCAGAGCGCCGAGAAGUCUGCAGUAGAAAAAUAAAAUCACGGAAAUCCAUCCCAUCCGCAACGGAGAGCUCAAAACACUCGUCUCCAUGUGUACAAGAUUUCCCGCAAGACAAGAGUUGGGAUCCAGAAAAAGUUCUAUCUCUUUUCCGUAGAUGGGGUUCGACCGAAAAUCUUUCUUUAGAACAAUUAUCGUAUAAAUUAGUGACUCUCGUCAUUUUGAUCACAGACUUUAACCGCAUGAAGGAUCUAAUGUUCAUUAAUUAUAAAAAUAUUACUUGUGAAGAAAAUCAUGUAAAAAUUAAGAUUCGAGACAGUCAAGAAAAGUCUGGUGUACAAUCAAAUAUAAUUAUCCCUUUUUAUAAGGAGGAGACGGUGUGUAUCGCUUCUACCUUAAAAUAUUAUUUAAAAAGGUCACUUGCAGUCCGUGGAUCAGAAGAAAAAUUAUUAGUCUCUUUCAAACCUCCGCAUAAAGUCGUAACUCCUCAAAUGUUAGGUAUAUUGGUUAAGAAGAUGCUAUAUGACAGCACCAUUGACGUUUCAAGCUUCAAUGCGAAUAUGGAAGGCCAGGUUAGGAUUAAUACUAUUUUACAGUUCGCUCGUUGGAAGUCAGGAUCCACGUUUGAACAAUUUUAUAAGCGUAAUAUUAAGUGGCCUUGACAUGGAUAUUUCGAGUCCGGACGGUUUAUAUUCAUAGAAAUUUCGUUCAUUAAGUUUUAUUAAUAUACUAUAUUUUACUAUAUUAUACUAUAUACUAUAUUUUUCUGUAUUUUGCUAACAUACUAUAUUUUAGUUUGUUGUACAAUGAAGUACAGUAUUUUUUCUAGAAACUUCAAAGUAUAUCCGUUUUUACAGAUUUUUAUGAAUUUUUAUAGAUUUUUCGAACCACUUUAAAGAUAUGAUAAAAGGGACUCGAAAGAUCCAUGUAGGGCUACAUGUGGUGCCGUUUUUCACAUAAGCCACUAAGGGUUAUUAGAGACAAAACGUAUUUUGCGUUAACCAUACUGGAUACGAAUUGUACUUAAAGUUUAGUUUUUUCCUCGAUAGUUGUUUCUAUCCAUGUUCCUUUAAAUUUUUUCGAUUACGUUAUAUAUCUUCACUAUUAAAGAUUUUAUGAUGCUAAA